GUUGCUCGGUUGCCGGUUUCAGUCGUUGCUUGCUAUUCCAUCAGGAUGGCUGCUGCUCUGCGUCUUACCCCGCACAUGCGUCAGGCCUACCCGGUCGUGGCAGCGCCUUCCGUGGCUCGACUCUCCACGCUCGAUGCCUCCAAGCUGACCAUCGAGACGACCACCCAGCCCCGCGAGCGUGUCGAAAAGACCAAGCUGGUCUUUGGUCACACCUUUUCUGACCACAUGCUCAAGUGCAAGUGGGAUGUCAACGAAGGCUGGGCCGCGCCCACCAUCUCUCCCUACGCCAACCUCUCUCUCGCUCCCAGCAGCAUCGUGCUUCACUACGCUAUUGAGUGCUUUGAAGGCAUGAAGGCUUUCCGUGGCGACGAUGACCGCAUUCGCCUGUUCCGCCCCAAUUUGAACAUGGACCGCCUGCACCGUUCUUCCGUCCGCCUUGCGCUUCCGGACUUUGACCAAGAUGAACUGCUCAAGUGCAUCACCGAGCUCGUCAUCAAGGACAAGGACUGGAUUCCCGCGGGUCGCGGCUACUCGCUGUACCUGCGCCCAACCCACAUUGGCACUGCCGAGUAUCUGGGCGUCGGCAAGUCAAGCUCCUCGCUUUUGUUCUGCAUCAACAGCCCCAGCGGCGCCUACUACUCCACCGGCUUUAAGCCUGUUUCACUGCUGGCCGAUCCGGCCUACGUCCGUGCUUGGCCCGGUGGUGUCGGAAAUACCAAGGGUGGCUGCAACUAUGCCCCUAGCAUCUAUCCUCAGUCCCAGGCCCAGGCGCAAGGCUGCCAGCAGGUCCUGUGGCUCUUUGGUGAAGACCACGAGGUCACCGAGGUGGGGACCAUGAACCUCUUUAUGUACUGGAAGAACGAGCAGGGCGAGGACGAACUGAUCACCCCUCCUUUGGACGGUACGAUCCUUCCUGGCGUCACACGUCAAUCCAUUGUGGACAUGGCACGUGGCUGGAACGAGUUCAAGGUGUCCGAGCGCAAGUUCAACAUGGGUCAGGUGUCUCGCGCGUUGAAGGAGGGCCGCGUCUACGAAAUGUUUGGUGCUGGUACCGCCGCCACUGUCUGCCCCAUUGGUCAGAUCAAAUACUUGGGCGAGGACCUCAACGUGCCCCUGGCCCUGGGCAACAGCGGAGAGCUGACCAACCGCAUCUGGACUGAUAUCUUUGAUAUCCAGUAUGGUGCUGUUGAGCACGAAUGGGCCCCUGUCAUCGCAUAAUGCUUUCAAGACGCCAUUAGACGAACCACACGAGUCCCUCAACUCUUACCCGUCCUCCCGGACCGUGUCCGCCUUUGUGCUUUGCACCGUGUCGCUUCAGUUCCUUAAUCAAUAUCUUGCGGCAA